GGUUUAGUUGACGUAAGACUAAACAUCAACUAAACCUAAAAACAUGGGUCUAUGUCAUGAUUUUUUUCCAGGAGACAUUCCCAGAAGAUUUGACUAAUUGUUAUUAAUGAAUCAAAUGAAAUUUGCCAUUUGGCUGAAGCGGAAUUUUCUUUGCUCGCAUAGAUUAUGUUAAUAUGGUAAAAUCUGUAAAAGUAAUGUGAUACACUGUCAGGUUUUAUAUUCAUAUUUUACUUUAAACAACCCUUUGAAAUUUCAGGCCACCGACUACCGAAGCUCUGUGUCUAAAAUGAGAAGGUGGCUCCCUCUGUUGGCUCAAAGUGGAAAUGCUGACAUAUGCAGGUGCCUGCACAUUUACACAAAGCUUGCAGACAUUAAAUAUUGUCAUAAUCGCAAUUACUUCACGGUUGAUGAAGUAGCUUUGGUUUCUAUACAUCUAUAUGAUAGAACACCUAACCCUGACCUGACAAAAACAAAACGUGUUACAGAUAAACGUUCGUUUUGCUGUAAAUUCUUUAACGCACAAUGAUUGCGAUCCAAACAAAAACCAGAAUUCGGUAAACUGUGUGGCAUUAGGAAAUAGCCCACGAUGUUUGGUGGACGAGUCAACACGUGUCACCAAAAAUACGACUCAUGUUGUCUGACCGACAGCAGGGGGGUAAACAGACAGAGGUGGAAGUGGCCCUUCCGCUGCUCCAAACCCGCACAUCUGCUUUGGGGGCGAGUUUCUGUUUUUUACGCAAAGGAAGUGGCACUCGGGGGGCUUUAAAUAGGAACUCUCUCCAAAGUCUGGGUUGAGUUCACGACGCAGCAUCUGAAAGCUCCCAGUAGCUCGUGGUCGGAAAAGCGUAAAGUUUGGCUCCAGGAUGGACAUCAACAAGAGACUGGGGACGAGGGACACUCUGCUGGCACUCCUGCUCGCUCUCCUCCAGGGGUUUCCUCUCGGAGAAACGGCCCCGAAUCCAUCCCCGCUGGUCGGAUCCAACUGGGGAAAUCCGAGGAGAUACGUCCACCUGCAGACCUCCACGGAUCUCAACAACUUCUACUUGGAGAUCAGACUGGAUGGCACAGUGUGUAAAAGCACAGUCAGGAGCUCAUACAGUGUUAUUCUUUUGAAAGCUGAAACCAGGGAGCGCGUCGCCAUCCUUGGUGUCAAAAGCAGCCGUUACCUGUGUAUGGAUGUGGAGGGCAGACCGUUCAGCUCACCGAUCUGUCUGAGGGACGACUGUCUGUUCAACCACAAGCUCCUGGAAAACAACCGGGACGUGUACUACUCCAUCAGGACCGGCAUCCUGUUCAACCUGGAGGGCUCCCGACAGGUGUACUCCGUGGGUCAGAACCUGCCCCAGACCUCCCUGUUCCUUCCCAAAAGGAACACGGUGCCACUGGACCGUCUCCUGCAGCACAGGGGGAAGCGCAACGAGCUUGUGGAUCCAGCUGAUCCCAACAACGUCCAACAGGGUCAGACAGAGGGCGGCUCGGACUCCCGGGCCAUGCCGGAGGACGACACGGACCUGGAGGUGGAGACCGAGGUGGAGACGGAGGUCGGGGACGACGGGCGUAACGUAUCUCGGGAGAACCAGCAGGCUCCGUCCUCCCACGACCCUUGGAAUGCGCACUGGUCCAACCCAGGCAGCCCACGGGGAUUCGGGGUCAUGGGGUGACGUAACAGGUGAAAUUUCAAAGUUAACUAUUGAGUGACGCCGUCAAUCCUUUAACCAUCAACAACGCGUACUAAAGCGAUUCAUGUAGCAUGGUAAUCCACAGUGUCUUAGCUAACAAACAUUUCCUACGGUCAACCUGUCAGAAACGUCGUGUGUUUAUACACUGAAUGUGGGGCUACAACUGUAUAAAGAUUAUUUUCAUUAUCAAUUAACCUGAUGAAUAUAUAUUUUUCUUUGAUGACUUUUUAGCUAGAUGGACAAUAUCUGAUACGUAUACACAUAUAUGUAUGUAUAUGCUUAGAUUUUCUCUUCCGCAAACCAAAGACAUUCCACGGUGGCAAAGAAACAAAAACCUACUCUCUCUUAAACGUAAAGUGUGUGAUAAUUGGAGGCAGAACAACCAUAACUCCAUAAGGCAAAGGGUUAAGGGUUCUAAUCCCUAACGUGUUUGAAAUAAGCAUGGCAUUUGACUUAAAUGUACGAAUUCACGAGUCUCUCCAGGUACCACCAGUAUGAGCAACACCAAACAAGAGUAUUGAACAACGAACCUAAUACACCCUAAUGGUCCCACAUACCACCAGAGAGAGACCAAAUACCAUUGGUGGUACACUUACUAUACAACAGUAGUUUGACAACCAUUGCUGAGGUUAACCUCUUGCGUCGUUCAGCCCACGCUCUUAUUUUAUGGAUGCUGCCAUCUUGUGUUGACACGUGUCAACAGCAGUCCCAACCGACAUGCCACGCUUUCGAGUAAACAGCGGCUUGCUCCUCCUACACACUUUACAAAUACAGAGUUGAAACCAAAGGAAGAACAGACAGGAAAUGGUUGAAAGGGUGGAAGUGGGGAGAGUUGUGAAAGAAUACUUCAUAGUAAACGCCAACUAUGUUCCCGGGGAAAGGGAGGGUCAAACUGAGGGCCCCUUUUCUAUAGAACCCUAACAUUUUUGUUUACUAAUUAUGACACACUUGACAUUUAAGGUGGAGGAAAAAAUCUUGUGUACUUGUUUUGAUUUGAAGAGAAUUUCAAAAUAUUGUCAACUGCAAAAACACUAGGGAUUAAUGAAGUAAUUUAGUACAAUGAUAUUAUUUAAUGAGUGAUCGCAGCCCUAAUGUGAAUGUACAAAACAUUAGACUUGACUUGCAGCCCUUUUGCACAGUUUUCUUGUCUUGGAAAUUCAAAUCCACCUUAUCUUACUUCUAUUGAGCUUCAUUUAGCAUCACUUGGUAUCAGGUGUAACCAGUGAUUGAUGAUGAUUUAUCAUGAUUUUUAUUGGAUUUCAGUCAUUGUUCAUUUACAUUUAGUCCAAUACUAAUCAAGUUUUGAGGUUGGUGGAGGAUUUACUCGAUGAAAACAGGUCUGAACAACAGCUAUGUGAUAAAGAUAUGACGGUAAAUAAUUCAAAGUACACAAAAAAUAAUCAAAAAGUGAGAGAAAACAUACAGUGAGAGAAAAUCUCUGAAUUAUUCUGAGUUUUUUUAUUUUGAGGUUUUUACAGCUGGUCUGGAAAACCAAGUUGUUGUUUUUUCCAAGACUAAUGUGACUUGACCAAACGUUUUUGGGACAGAGAGGGUUGUCAAUUAGUGUCAAACUAUUGUUAAAUAAAACCCUAAACUAGGGCUGUCACUUUUUCCAAACAUCAGGUACGUCCCUUAAACUCAAAAAACAUCACAGCCACCUGCAACAUAUAUUGGCUUUGUGUCAAUUUUAGGGAACAGAUCACAGAGCCUUAAGUUGUCUGAGAUAUACUUGAAGAAAUUUGAUCCCUCCAUAAAAAGUGACAGCCCUAACAUAUACAUGUAUAGAAUGAAAAUGCGCUUUUAGUAGAGUUUAAACUAGGUUCCAUCUAUAUUUUAAAAUUCCUACGCAAGUGAAAAUAUAGAUAUGGGUUAGUUUUACUGCAAAGACUUUGAAUUUUUAUUACUACUAUUCCUUAACUACAUGUCAUUUGAGUCACUUGUGUUGUUACGUUUGAUUUGUGUGUGUUGUGUGAUUGCCAACAGUAGUAAUUCAUGACUUGAAGGAACAGGACAACAGGGUAAACAACAUUUACAGAGCAGUGAUCCUGAUAUCAAAAAAGAAGUAUUUAUUUAUUUAAAAAAAAAAACAUUCCUUGAGUGUUAUUUAUGGUAUUUAUGAGGAUGCUCAGUGUAAAUAAACACAGUAUGCCAUUGAAUGUACGAGUAGAUGUCGCGAUUGGAGAGCCGUUGCUUGAAUUUGGGACAAAAAUAAAAUCCUGAUCAGAAAGUGAGCGGUGUUGUGUGUUGUUUGUAUAGUACGCCAAUAAGCCUUUAAUAUGGAAACUAUGAGAUUACACACACACACA